UCGUGGCUUCAUCUUGGACCCCUAUUCUAAAAAAGAUGUCACUCCUCUGUCCUACUGGAUAUGUAAGAUUGGUCCUACUCUCCCGUGACAGAUGACGUUGGUGUGGCCAGUGAUGGUGGAGGGAGAUCUCAAGGGACAAGGGGCUGCACCCUGCAGGACUUAAGGAUGCAUCAGGCUCUCUGAGCAAGGUGCAGGGAGGAGCCUGCGAGCUGAGUGACUUCUGCCGCAACGAGGCUUGUCCUGCCCAACUUGCAGAAAGGUCAUGAGAACCAAAGAUAAUGAGGAUGAGAUGCUCUGGAAACGCCCCGUGCUGUAGAAAUGGAACGUGUAUAUUUCGCUCGGGCUUUUAAAUCACUGACCACAUACUCUUCGCUCCGUCCGGAAGAAUCCGGAAGAAUAACGUGUUCCCACAUGCCAGCGAUGUAGCAAAGUGAUGCAGUGGUCACCCUGAACCCACUCCCCCGAAUGAAGAAAUGUAUCCGUGUGAAUAUCUGCGUGCAUAGGUCUUUGUCCACACCUCAAAGCCACCCGUGUGGGAUUUGGUUGUGCGCGGGUUGAGGGUUCACCGACCAGAGGGAGGAACGUGGAGACUAAAUGCACGCUACCACGGUGCCUCCUAGAAUGGCCGGCCCCGCCCCGCUCUCCAGCCCGGCGACUGCUGCCCGCCGAACGCGUGCCUACUAGAGCCGAGGCUCCGCCGGACAGAAGAGGGCCAGCGAGAACCAGCAGGACGCCUCGACGCACUUUCCAGUCCGCGUGAGCCGCAGCGGCCAGAGGGAAAUCCUUGGAGCUGGGGUCAGGAGCCUGUGGAGGAAGCAUCCUGCCUUGUGACCGGAGCUCCGUGGUCAGUGCGGCGUAAAUGGCUCCCCUCCCUGCCGGCAUCCGCUUCAUCAUCUCCUUCUCCCGGGACCAGUGGUACAGAGCCUUCAUUUUUGUUUUGACAUUUUUGCUGUAUGCCAGUUUCCACUUAUCCCGAAAGCCUAUCAGCAUAGUGAAGGGUGAGCUCCACAGGUACUGUGCCGCACUGAACGAGGGGGACGUCGAAUUGAGCAGCCAGAGCCAGAGGGCCAGUGACACCCCCCGCCACCAGCCACCAGACAACGAGACUGACUGCAGCUGGGCCCCGUUUGACCAGGACAACUACCAGCAGCUGCUCGGGGCCCUGGACUACUCGUUCCUGUGCGCAUACGCCAUCGGCAUGUACCUGAGUGGCAUAAUAGGGGAACGCCUGCCCAUUCGGUAUUACCUGACUUCUGGGAUGCUGGCCAGUGGUGCUUUUACCGCCCUGUUUGGAUUAGGGUAUUUCUACAACAUCCACAGUUUCGGCUUCUACGUGGUAACUCAGAUCAUCAACGGACUGGUGCAGACCACCGGCUGGCCCAGUGUCGUCACCUGCCUCGGCAACUGGUUCGGAAAAGGAAGGCGAGGUUUGAUUAUGGGGGUCUGGAACUCCCACACGUCCGUGGGCAACAUUUUGGGGUCCUUGAUUGCUGGCUACUGGGUGUCCACGUGCUGGGGCCUGUCCUUCAUCGUGCCCGGGGCCAUUGUGGCAGCGAUGGGGAUUGUGUGCUUUCUCUUUCUCAUCGAACAUCCCAAGGACAUCGCCUGCUCUUCCUCCCUGGUGGCGCAUUCGAGGGGCCACGAGAACGGCGCACACAGAUUCAGGCUGCAGAAGCAAGUCUUCGCGGACGACGAGAACAAGCCCCUGGACCCCGAGAUCCAGUGCCUACUGCUGUCAGACGGAAAACACCCGGUCCAUCAGAGCCACGUCGUCGUCCUCCCGGCCGACGGCAGGGGCAGCAUGGCCGCCAUCAGCUUCACAGGGGCCUUGAGAAUCCCCGGUGUGAUCGAGUUCUCUCUGUGUUUGCUGUUUGCAAAGCUGGUCAGCUACACCUUCCUGUUUUGGCUCCCACUCUACAUCACCAGUGUGGAUCACCUUGAUGCCAGACAAGCCGGGGAGCUCUCCACCCUGUUUGACGUGGGCGGGAUCUUCGGUGGGAUCCUGGCGGGCGUGAUCUCAGAUCGACUGGAGAAGCGGGCCUCCACCUGUGGCCUGAUGCUUCUGCUUGCAGCCCCCACGCUCUACAUGUUCUCCACCAUCAGCAGAAUGGGCCUAGAAGCCACGAUAGCCAUGCUGCUGCUCAGCGGGGCCCUGGUCAGCGGGCCAUACGCCCUGAUCACGACCGCCGUGUCCGCCGACCUGGGCACGCACAAAAGUCUCAAAGGAAACUCCCACGCCCUCGCCACCGUGACCGCCAUCAUUGACGGGACCGGGUCUGUAGGAGCCGCGCUGGGCCCCCUGCUGGCUGGGCUCCUCUCCCCGUCUGGAUGGAACAACGUGUUCUACAUGUUGAUGGUUGCAGACGCCUGUGCCUUACUGGUUCAAGGAACACUGACCGCCGAGUCCCCUGGAGGGAGGCGGGCCCCUCCUUCACCAACGGUCUGUCAAGGGAAAGUUCAAAUAAAGGAUCCUGUGUUGGAAAGAAUGAUUGACCCUUGCCUUUUGCACACACACCUGGAAAAGACACAAAAGCCGCCUCGAGAAGUCCAGCUGCCGUUUUAGGCGAGCCGUGGGGCUCAGCACCGUGGACAGGAGGCGCGUGGGAAGUGCCCUCACCACGGCGGAGCUGGGGGACACGUGGCUGGGCGGGCGGGUCCCCAGCGGGUGGCACUCAGGUCAGCCUGAGUCUCGGGCGCUCCAGCCUAGGACAUUAGAACGGGCGCGUAUCACGCUGGCAGGGACCUUGAUGUCACCUGAACGGGCCGUGUCGGGGACCCGAUACCACAGCGGGCGCGAGAACGCAGCCAGCACGGAGCCCAGACUCUGGGAGGACAGAAGAAACCCGAUGCCGGGUCAGAAACCAGGACGGACCUCGGGGCCCUCAGGUCUCCCACAAGACUUCCCGCCACCGCCCCCGGAUCCUCACCGGCCUGCAGAAUUGUCGACGAGUGAGCAGCCGCGAGGCCAUCGGCCUGCCCGUCGAGGGCCCUGGGAACACCAGGCCCGAACACCUGGAUGCGUCUGCCAUCUGAGCGCCACGGUGGCCGCUGCUGCUGGUCCCUGCGGGGCUCGGGGAGGACGUGGCCGGGGUGGGCGGGCCUGGUGCAGUGAGACCUGCGACACGCCAGGCGCCUGGAACUGUCUCCAGCCCCGCGGCACCAGCGUGGGGUGAUUUAUUUAAGAUGUGCUGUGUGUUCUAGAAAUCCAAGAAAAUAAGUGGCAUUUUGUUAUUUAUUAAGACGAACUGAUUGUUUUUGGCCAUUUGUCUUCCCAGUUGUUGCCUAGCAGAAUACUUGUCUGCUCUUUGAAAUAAAAUGGUUUUUUAAAGCUUA